CAGCAACGAUUCACAUGAGGCUGAACCGAGGCAACAAAAGGAGGAAGUCACCUUUGUAGGUUCAGUGAAGCACACCUGACAGUCACACAGAGGAGACCGCCGCCGCCGCCGCCGCUCUGCAUUAAGGAAUAUGGCAAUAACUGCGGCAAACAGCAACGUACCGCAGCUGAGCCUAAAUGGGCUGAAAUGCGAAGAAAUCAAGAGCAAUGGCUAUCACACCAGGAGAGAGAAAAAUGGCCCAGGGACUGGUGUCGCCUCCAGGCAGCACAGGCAGGAGUCCUUUGAACAGGCCCCAAUGUAUGUGGCUGUCAUGACAUACCUGGGCUUUGGCAUUGUCACGCUGUUCGGCUACUUCAGAGAUUUUCUCAGAGCUGUGGGCUUGGAGAAGUGCCACCUUGCCCAGGAAAGAGAGGAACAGAAGGAUUUCGUACCACUUUAUCAAGAUUUUGAGAACUUUUACACUCGAAACCUGUACAUGAGGGUACGAGACAACUGGAACCGUCCCGUAUGCAGCCUGCCAGGUCCCGUCUUUGACUUGAUGGAGAGGGUGUCUGAUGACUACAACUGGACAUUCAGGUUAACCGGGAGGACGAUACACAAUGCCAUCAACAUGGGCUCCUACAACUACCUCGGUUUUGCUGAGAACAACCCUGAUUUCCUGAAAACGGUGGCAGACAAAACACGGCAGUAUGGGGUUGGGGUUUGCAGCACACGGCAGGAAAUGGGUAACCUGAGCAUCCACGAAGAACUGGAGCAACUUGUGGCCAAAUUCCUCAGAGUGGAGUCCUCCAUGACUUUUGGGAUGGGUUUCGCCACCAACUCAAUGAACAUUCCAGCAAUCGUUGGCAAGGGUGGUUUGAUACUGAGCGAUGAGCUCAAUCACACAUCCCUCAUCUUAGGGGCCAGACUGUCAGGAGCAACAAUCCGGGUGUACAAACACAACAACAUGCACAGUCUGGAGAAGAUGCUAAGAGAGGCAGUUUGCUCAGGGCAGCCACGGACCCACAGGCCCUGGAAGAAGAUCCUCAUCAUGGUGGAAGGCAUCUAUAGCAUGGAGGGCUCAGUGGUGCGACUUCCUGAGAUCGUCGCUCUGAAGAAGAAGUAUAAAGCAUAUCUGUACCUGGACGAGGCCCACAGUAUCGGAGCAGUGGGACCAUCAGGGAGGGGCGUGACCGAGCUGUUCAAUGUCAACCCAGCCGACGUGGACGUGAUGAUGGGCACCUUCACCAAGAGCUUUGGGGCUGCUGGAGGCUAUAUCGCAGGGAAAAAGGAGCUUGUGGACUACCUGCGCAGUCAUUCUCACAGUGCAGUAUACGCCUCGGCCAUGUCCCCUCCUGUCACUGAGCAGAUCAUACGUGCCAUGAAGUGCAUCAUGGGAAAAGACGGGAGCACAGAAGGCAUUAGACGGAUCCGCCAACUGGCAGAGAACACCAGAUACUUCAGGGCCAGGCUGAAGGAGAUGGGCUUCAUCAUCUACGGCCAUGAUGACUCACCUGUGGUUCCAAUCCUGCUCUACAUGCCAGGCAAAGUGGUGGCUUUUGCUCGAGAAAUGCUGGAGAGGAAAAUUGGUGUAGUGGUAGUCGGCUUUCCAGCCACGCCGAUCACAGAGGCCCGAGCUCGCUUCUGUCUCUCUGCGUCGCACACCAGAGCCAUGCUGAACCAGGUGCUGCAAAACCUGAACGAGGUGGGAGACUUCCUCUGCCUGAAGUUCUCACGAUUGAAAUAUUCCUCUUGUCCUGACCUCUGUGAUGAGACAGACUUCGAGCUGGGCAGCUGAAUUGACCCUUGACACCUUCAUUUCAAAGUGUCAAAACGAAGUCUAAGUGUCCAUGCCACAGCAGACCCAUAAACACACAACGCAGAGUAACACCCAUGUCUCAGGGCAGAGGAGGGGCCAAAUGUUUAGCAGCUGCUUUUUAUACGUUUUCUAAAACAUUGCGAUUCAACAGAACACUUAAUUGUGCUUCUGAGAGACUCUAUAUGAACUAUUUAAAUGAUUUCUUUCUGAAUACAUUUAUAUGUGAAUACAUACAUGAAAUUAUUGCACAAGCAUUGCUGGAUUGGUCUCAAACUCCAGUACAGUGUAGAAUAUUUGUUUAUAUUGAGACAAAUCCCUUUUAUCAGUUCGGUUUAAAAGCUUGUCUACAGUUAUUCUAUUUACUUGUGUCUAUAUUUAGACGUUCAAAAUUUUUUAUGGAAGCAUUUUUUGCUGCUGUGGUGAUUAUUAGAGAAUGGUGCUGGAAGGAGUCCCAUUUACUUCCCGAAUAUGAAGUAGUAGCUAUAAGUAAUGAAAAGGGCAUUCGUAGUAAUUUCACCACAUGGUGUACUGCUGCAUUGCUAAAAUGUUGAGUCUGCUGAAUUUGUUCUUUGUUUUUCAGUAAAAAAAAACAAUACUGCACAUGAAAAUGUCCUGAAUGUGUUUUUGAAAUAGAAAGCUAGAUUAAUUAUCCAGAUGACAGGGAUGUAAAAUUCCCAAACCUUCCCCUUUGGAUCUGUCUUUUCCUGACACAAGGUUAUUUACACUACUCAAGGCUGAACUGAUUAAGCGAAAGAUGACGAAGAUGCCUUUGUUGCGUUCCAUAGUGAACUGUUUUGAUAAAAACUUUCCUCGGUGUAAGACCACUUUCAUCUCCACGGCAAAUGAUAACCUUCCUGUAAAUAAAAGAUCCCGCAGCAAUUACUCAACUACUGAGUUUAAUCUCAACAGCCCCCGCACAGACUAAAAAAGGUGUUAUGGCUUGUUUUGUGGCGAGACUGCUCAUAUUCACUGAGUCCUAACAGCUUAAUUGAUGAUGUUUUAAAGACCUGCUGUUCCCUUUCACACACACACUGCGUAACAGUUGUGAAGGUAAGCAUGCAGAGUAUGCAGCACCUGAGCCAACAGAAACCUAACCUAGCAAUUAGCGCCAAACUCUAAAUUCUCGUGGUAUGGGGUAAUCAUUUGAUUAACACAGGAAGGAUUAUGGAUGCAUGAUAAAUGUGUUUUUCAGACUGGGUCUAGUCGACACUUGUUUGCCCUCGGGUCGUUACCGUGUUUGUUUUUUUUCUUCCCCAUUAACAACAUAGUGAGAUUUUUGCAAGUGGGAAAAAAAACAUGCUGAUGAACUGCAAACAAAGACGUAGUAGGAAAAGGAAAAUUGAAUUUAAAAGAAAACAAAAGGAGAAAACCAUUGAAAUGGUUAUGGUAGAUAUUUUUGUUCUGUAAGCGUAUAUCCACAUCUGGCUCCUAUAGCCAGAAACAAUAGAAAACAGUUUCGUUAAUCCUCAUAUCUGUGAUGUCAUACUGUACCAAUGCACUGGUCCAUAAAGAUCUUGAGGAGAUGUGAAAAGGUGGCC